CUCUGAGCCGUAGCUACCGUAGCCAACCGCGCUCGGAGACGUGCGACAUAACUUACUGCAAUAUCAUUGUGAUUGUGAUUUUAACUCGGAACGGACUUGUUAUGUGCUGAAGACAACAUGUAUCAUGUGCGGCUACAACAGUGAUUCGACUUGCAGAUAUGGCUCACUUUCCAGCGGCGCCCCUCUCUCCUACUAACCAGAGAAGCCCGUCCCGAGAGAGCGGAUCGCCCAGAUCGCCGCCUAGCUCCCGCUGCUGCGACACCGGACGGCCACUGUUCACGGACCCGCUGACUGGCCACACGGUUUGCUCCUGCCAGUACCAAGACAUGCUGGCCUACCAGAGGCUACCUGCCCUCUACCCCUCGCCCUACCCCCCGGAGGUGGCCGCCUACUUCCCAGCAGCCGCCGCCGCCGCCGCCGCCUCCCUCCCCGACCAGCCGCCCUUCUACCCCGCCGACUUGCUGUUGCAGGGAGUUGGCCUCGACGUGAAGGAUGGACUGCCCACCGCCGCCCCCGGCUGGCCUUACCCCUCGGUCUACCACCCCUACGAGGCCGCCUUCGCCGGCUACCCCUUUAAUGGGUAUGGAAUGGACCUCAACGGAGCGCGAAGAAAAAACGCGACGAGGGAGACAACAAGCACGCUCAAAGCAUGGCUUAACGAACACAAGAAGAACCCAUACCCGACAAAAGGGGAGAAGAUCAUGUUGGCCAUCAUCACCAAGAUGACGCUGACACAGGUCUCGACGUGGUUCGCCAACGCCAGGAGGAGGCUCAAGAAAGAGAACAAGAUGACCUGGGAACCCAGGAACAGGGUUGACGAAGAGGAUAACAAUAACGAAGAAUCACCACCACCCAGGUCCAAGGAUGAGACGAAGGAUAACUUAGAUUCCAAGGACAGCGGGACCGCCUCCAGCGAGGACGGGGAGCGGACCAACAGGCUGGAAGGGGGGGCGAGCGGCGGCGGCGGGGACACGGGCUCGGAGUGGUCCGAGUCGCGGCCAGACAGCCCGGAGUGCCUCUUCAUCCAGCCGGGCUACCCCCGCUACUCCCCCCCCGCCCCCAAGCCGAGGAUCUGGAGCCUGGCGGACAUGGCCAAGCCGGACAGCCCCCGGCGGCCGCGGGCCUACCCGUACCCCCCCGUGGCCGGCCUCUACUCCCGCCUGGCAGCCCACAGCUCUGCCUCCAUCGCCGCGGCACAGUCCUCCAUCACGCCCCCGUCGCCAUCCUCCUCAUCACAAGAGCAGAAACCCGAAACCAGGGCUUGACCGCACAUGUGAUUUGUUUUAUUUGUGAUAAUGCCCUACUGUAAGAUAGGGCAGAGUGCCGGUUCGUUGUACAGAGCAAACAAUAUGUAUGAAUGUAUAUGUGAUAUAAAUAGUUUUGAGGUUUUAUUUAUAAGAGAGCUCGUUUCUGUUGUUUGCCGUGUGAUCACUUUCAGUCGAUGUUUAGUUAUGAUACGAUCUGGGAAGAAACUCGAGGAUACUAAGCUCCUCUGAGAAUGGAGCAUAUUGAAAGGAAGUCGAUUCUGAAUUCAGCGAGCUUCUGUUCGAUUAACAAUGAAAAAUUAACUGCUGGCGUUAAAGUCACUGAAACAAAUACAGAGGUAUUUUUUUUUUCAUACCUUUUCCGUGGCUGAAAAUGGCAGCAGUAUUAUAAAAAGUCCAUAAAAUGGACAAUAGAGUUUUUCGGUAGCACAAAAUUAUAAAAUGCACGGUUUGGAUUGUAUUUGUUGCACAAUUUUAAAAGAAUUAUAUGUUUCGAUAAGUGUAUUAGAAAGAAGCUCCCUGAAUUCCUAAUCUUCGUCCGAUAAAUCAGAUUAUCCUUUUGGACCCAUACUCUCCAUAUAUACAUAUAUUUCCAUAUCCACCGCUAAGGGAAAAGCAUCUUGACCGAGAGUGUAGAUUUAUUCCGACAUUCAUUUUAUUUAUGUUGAUUGAAUUGAUAUAUAAUAUAUAUACUAUAGUCUAUGAAGUGAGAAUCAUCCAUAUACAAUAAUGUUAAGAAGUGUGUCGGUUUUUGUGGUCGGUGACAUUGAAGGCGAGACCAGCUGUGCAUUAAAUACCUGUAACAUUAUCCUCUCCGCGAACAAAAUAACUAAGCGGGCAUGACGACUCGAGAGCACAAUAUCUAAUGCCAGUCCUAAAUCUGUUAGUCACUUAUUAGCAUGGCAUAGACUUACCUAACAUGGACAUGGCUCGAUAUGAUUCACUAAACAAAUAUUUUUACCGUCAAGGAGGUUUCCUCUCGGGUCAGCUUUGACGUUGUUUUUAUUCUCUUUUAUGAAAUAGGAUAAAAGCAGUGGCAUGGGACCUCACAUUCGAUAUUAAUAGUUUAAAUGGAUACGUCAUAUCCUUAUAUUAAAGUUCUGUGAUUACAUGAAAUAUCUCAAAAUCACCAAACUGUAAUGCUGUGUAUAAUAAUAAAAUAAUUAUAAUUAAAUCGAAGUAUAUUUUUGUUCCAUUUCUCUAAAUAAAAACCUUCACAUUGCAGUAUAUUUCAAGGCACGAUUGAGUCCGAGUUCUGUUAUCAUUAGUGAGUAGAAAAAAUAAUAGUAAUUGUAUAUAAAUGACAGCUGUAAAUCCCAAAGGAAAUAGCUAUAAAAGACUGCCCAAUUUUUACAAUAAUUGUUACAAGUUAAUAUCGAUUUAACUCUGUGCUCGAAAAGUACUGCGUUGUAAAUAAGGAUGUUAUUAUUGUUUAAUUUAAAAAAAAGAUGUAAAUAAUAUUCUAUAAAUGUUGAUUAUUUAUGCACUGUUAGAGCCUCCCCACCGACCAUCGAAACCGCCGAUAGAGUAAUAUAAUAUAUAAUCACCUUAGUGCCGGAAGGGCUUAACUGUUUCGGGGCUAGGCUGGAGCCGACAGUACGUAACCCUAGUCCCACCGUGAUGCCUUAUCAUUUACAGAGCCAUACUGACAGAUAAUAUACAGAUAUAGCCGGAUAUAUUAUUUUUUUACACUGUUAUAUGACAGAUCUAUAUUUUAACAGGGAUAUAUAAAUAUUAUUUAAAUAGCAUAGACUUCGCAGUCCAUUAUUAGUUGAAUAUAAUAAUUAUCAAUUUGCAUACAGUUUUGUCCGACAAUAUUUGCAAUGUACACAGUGUCGUAGUUACUCAAAACCCCCCCAAAGUAUUCAUUUUGUUUCAUUUAUCGAUAUGUUUCGCAAGCAAAAUUUUUUUUAGUAUUCUUAUAAUCUAUCUCAGAGGUAAAAAAAAAAAAAUCUUUCGGGCUUCAAAAAAAGAGCAGGAUGCAAAAUGAGUACGAAUUGGAAUGGUUAUGGACGCCAUAUACACAUGGGGUCGCAAUUCCAUACCUUGCACAACCCUUUUUCUAAUAGCUACCUCAACAAGAUACGUAAUCGAAAACAGAAAUUCAUGUUUUUCGAUAUCCUCCAAAACCCGCCACGUUAGGCCGCUGCAAUAAAUUCAAAUUGACUAUUUAACUUGGUCUAAUGUUUUCGGGCGGACAAACAAGCAAUAGACACGAGGCUGAGGCUAGUCAUGGUUUAAAAACAAAAAAAAUAAAAAUAAAAAAAAAUUAUUUGAGUUUAUGGUGUUAAAAUUGAAAUUUUGUCACCACUUAUUUGAGAAAAAAAAUCACAUUAUUUGUAUGAUAUAUGUAUUUGAAAAUAAAAAUUAAAAAAUAUAAAAAAAAAAUUAAUAGAUUCUUUUGUUACUAUACGUCCAUUUGGGUUGUUCCAAGCACCACAAUGUAUUGUAAAAAUAUUAUAUUCGUGUUUGUAGGGAUUUGUAUUAUAUAGAAUUUUUGCGAAUUGUAUAUUCCAUUGUAAUGAGCUUUAAGAAUUAUUGAUAUUACGAAUUUAGUACGAAAUUUUUAUCAAAAAAAAAAAACUAUAUGUACUUAAAGGAAAGUGUCAAAACGACUUUUGUAAAUAUUAGGAUUGUAUAUUGUUAUGUUAUUUGCAGUAUUAUAUUAUAUGGUCGAUUAUUAUUAUUAUUAUUAUUAUAUUAUUUAUAUAGGAGCUGGUUAAUUUUUAAGGAAUUAUUUAUUAAAAAAAAAUUAUAUAUGCAUUGUUUCUUAUAUUAAAAUAUAGCUGAAGUGAAUGAACCUGCUCCUAUCUUUCUAGGUACAUCAUUCAUCAUCACGCCCUUUCCCUGUUUGUGUACAGAUUUGGAAAAACCAAAAGUAAUUAUCACAUCUUAACCAAAAAUUAUUUUAAAAAAUUUAAUUGGAACAACCCAGUGUCAAAUGUAUAGAUAGGCGGUACUAACGUUCACUCUAUGUAUAUUCAUGUAUGUAACAUUGUAGUCUUAGUGGCAAGUUGAAGACAUUGCAAAUGAAUAAAGUAUUUGUUAUAAAUUAAGUCCAUUUCUUUUUUAUACCUCAAAUUGAAUCCAAACAAGCUGGUUAACUAACACCAAAAG